GAAGUUUUGACCCUGCAUGCUUGCCUUACUCUUUCUCACAUGAUUCUUCUCUUGUGACACACAUUCCUCCACAAAUCGCUUGACUGGGUCAAAGUGUCUGAAACAUAGAAAAUGUGGAUGUAGUCUCGGGGAAUCUACGCAAAAAAGUUAUGGCGGACUUAAGGACGACUUGUAUCUGAGUGGGAGUAAGAACUAUAUCUGAUGGCCGAUUCACCCUGUCCAACAGAUUCAAGGUGUAAUUAUUUCCUCCUCUAUGAUGGGUCCAAGGUCCAAGAGGAAGGGGACCCCACACGUGCGGGCAUAUGCUUCUUUUACCCUGAGGAGACUCCACUGGAUCAGCAGGAGCUGCUGUGCGGCCAGUUGGCUGGCGUGUGCCGGUGCGUCUCGGAGCUGUCCCUCUCACCGGUGCGGAUGCUGAGGCUGCGCAGGAGCAAGUUCGCCGUGCGCAUGAAGCAACACUUCCUGUGGGCUCUCAGUUGUCCUGUUGACAUUCCAGAUGUGAGUGUGUGUGAACUCUUAGACCAGUUGAUCAGUCUCUUCUGUUUCUACAAUGGUCCCGUGCGAGAAAGUUACCAGAGGCACAGUCGAGCUGAUUUGGCAGUGCGCUGGGCAAGGUAUCUCACACACCUGCAGGGAGGCUCCUCAGAGCUCCACCACAUCUUCAGCUGCCUGAGGACCAUUGACUCCACACACAUUGACCCUCUUUUACUUUUGAAGGCCGCCCUGAUUUUGCAGGCAUGUCAGCGGUGCCCCCUGGUGUUGGCAGGAUGCAUACUCUACAGAGGCAGGGUUGUGAGUACUCAGAUGCCUCCUGAUUUAACAGUGAAAGUGAUGGUCCAUGAAACAGAGAGCUACAAUCAGGACCACAGGCCCGUGGCCAAUGGGAUCAGCUGUGCUUCUGGUACACCCUCUCCCUGCACAGGAACCACAACAGUGUUUCUCACCCCUGCCGAGCUUCAGGCUCUGCGCAGCCCCCCUGUGGACAGGUCCUGCAGGUCUCACUGUACUCCCCAGCCCCCACCUCGACCAAGAAAGUCUCGCCUUCUGUCACGCACUCUCUCCGACACGCCCCCCGCUGAACCGGAUGCUGCCAGUCAGGACCCUGCCCCGACCCCUUCAUCAUCUCGCUCCUCUCUCUCUGACGAGUCCUGCUUUGUCCCCUCUCCCUCCACCUCUCACGCCGCCACCCCUCAGUUCAGCCCCGUUCACCAGCCGGAGAGCACCGGCCCUGCCAACGCCAAGUCACAUGACCACGCUCCGUCCAAUGGGAUGAUCGCCGUGCCGUGUGAACUGAAGGAGGAAGGGGUGAAAAGUAAGACGGCUAAUGGCUGUGCCAGAAAGGUGGAGAUGGGGACCGACUUGAUCUUGCACAAUGGAAACGGACGCCACCCCGGAAACGGCCAUCACAAGGAGCCAGCCUCCAGCUGCCACUCAAACCAGAACUCCUGCGAGGACGAGCGGUCAGACACAAGCCAUCAUAAGCUGCUGUUGAACGGGUCUGAGUCGCCAAUCAGAUUGGACUCCCCAGACGCCAUGCUAGAGAAGAAGAUGAAGAAGCUGAACAUGACACAAGACGACCGGGAGAGCGAUGUGGAGCACAGAAAGGCAAAAAUGAAGAGCGGUGGAAGACAGAUUGAACUGAACAGUGGGGAAGGUGUGAGGGACGGAGAGAAGAAAGAGAAUGGGAUGCAGGGCAGAGGGGACGGUGGGGUGGGAGAGCUGUCGGAGUCGUCGGAGUCGGAGUCGGAGGUGCUACUGCCCAUGGUCCUGUACCAGCAUAGGGUGAGAGCGCUGGUUCUUGCCCUGCUGGUGGAGCCUCACUUCCUCAGUGACCAGGCUGCUGUGGAGGAAGUGUACCACAGCAGCCUGGCGUCUCUGAAUGGACUGGAGGCUCAUCUGAGGACCAGUACAGCUGGGGGCCAGGGGCCCCUUGGGCCUUAUACUUUCGCUCAUUACGACUGCAUCCAGAACACACUCACUACCAACCUGUCUGGCCGGUCAGUUGCACCUCAGGACCGCUCCUUUGUGAGGGCCACUGGCCUGCUCCACUCCCACUUCUCUCAAACACAGACUCUGCAGGAGGCUAUUGUCAGGAGUGCGGGGGCUGCUGUAUAUGGCACGCGGAGCACGGCACAGGAGACCUACUUCCUACAGCACGCCUCCUCAGUCAGGAACUCUGGCAUUCCCAACCACCAGGACAGCGCUUUCUCCCUGCCCAGCAAAGCCCGCCAUCGGCUGCUCAAGCAUGGGGUCAACCUACUGUGAGCACUGUGGGGGGUUCAAAAGCAAGUCGUGGAUAAGGAGAGGAGCUUUUAAGCUGAUCUUACCACCUAUGUGCACCACCAACACAUGAAAGUUUCUUUACAAAGCACGCAUUCCUGCCUCUGUGCCUUUCUCGUACUGAUAUGGGUGGCAUGUCUUUUUAAGGGUUAAACCCCUGUGCUGCACAAGUAAACUGUGUAUUUUUUAUGUUUUAUUUUUUAUCAUAGAAGUACUCUUGAAACUCAUGCUGCACUUUUCUGUAAACAGAGAUGAUUUAACAUGCACAAAUGCACACUCCUUAAAAAAAUAGUCUAAUGUUCUUAAAUUAUACUAGGUACAUGUUGUAAGCUGUGUUAUUUGUAUAGCAAAUGUUGCUGGUGCUUUAUUUUCACACAGUGAUCCUGAUCCACAUGUUUCAAAGUUGUGGGUAGAGCAUUUCUACCCAAUUUGUUGUCUCCUCUCUCUUUGGAUCAUUUUGAAACAGUCUGAAAAGGGGGAAACCCCGCAGUAUUACACAAGGUUUCAAUCCAUUUGUGACCCUCCAUUCAUAUGGUCUUGACAAGGAGUAGUUAGUAGGCCAGCACCAGGCCUGAACAAAAUGUACAGUGGAUUUAUAGAAAGGCAGUAAGCCUGAGAUUGUUUGUCUUUAUACAUUGAUUCUAAUAUAUUAAGAACACUUCUGAAAUUUUGUACAAUGUGCCUUCUGGAAAAUAAAGAUGUUAAAUGUG